AGACCAAUGACGAAACUCAAUGAUGCAACCAGUAAAGAACAUUUUAGUAUAUAAAGGCAUGCAUUUGCUUCACUCUAACUCGAACCACAUAACUAUUGCUCUCUCCUAGAAGAUAAAGAAUGGGCAAGAUAAAUAUUCUCAUUGCAAUGUUUCUCACUAUUGUUCUGAACCUGCAGAUCAGUUUAGUCUUUGCUGAGACCAAGGUUUAUAUAGUGUAUAUGGGAAAGAAGACACAUGAGGAUCCUGAGUCUGUCACUGAAUCCCACCAUCAGUUGCUGUGGCCAUUUCUUGGAAGCAAAGAAGCAGUCCAUGAUUCAAUAGUGUAUAGUUAUCGACAUGGCUUCUCAGGCUUCGCUGCCAAGCUCACAGAGACUCAAGCCCAGCAAAUUUCAGAACUGCCUGAAGUAGUACAAGUCGCACCAAAUACAUUAUACGAACUGACAACAACUAGAACUUGGGAUUACUUGGGACUGUCUCCGGGUAAUUCACAGAGUCUCCUACAAAAGGCCAACAUGGGAAGUUCUGUAAUUGUUGGAGUCAUCGAUUCAGGAGUGUGGCCAGAGUCUGACAUGUUUAAUGACAAAGGCUAUGGACCAAUUCCUAGCCGUUGGAAAGGCGGCUGUGAAUCCGGAGACUCAUUCAACGCCUCGAUCAAUUGCAACAGAAAGCUCAUAGGAGCAAAAUUUUUUGUUGAUGGCCUUGUUGCCGACAAAAGAAUCUUGAAUAGAACACUGAUAGCAGAUUACCUUUCCCCGAGAGACUUAAAUGGUCAUGGCACACAUGUGGCCUCGACUAUUGGUGGUUCUUUUCUGCCUAAUGUAAGCUACUUAGGCCUCGGAGAAGGAACUGCGAGAGGAGGUGCUCCCGGUGUUCAUAUAGCUAUUUAUAAGGCAUGCUGGCUUUUAGAAGGGACUUGUACAGAUGCUGAUGUCUUAAAAGCAAUUGAUGUAGCUAUUGAUGAUGGUGUUGAUGUUUUGUCACUCUCUUUGGGAUCGGGUGUUCCUUUAACAAUAGAAACUGAUGUAAAUCUGAUGGCUAUGGGAUUAUUCCAUGCGGUAGAAAAGGGAAUUCAUGUCGUGGCUGCAUCUGGUAAUAAUGGCCCUGUUGCUCAGAGCGUUUCGAAUGUUGCUCCUUGGAUCUUGACGGUGGCUGCUACUACUCUAGACCGUUCCUUUCCUACAGCCAUUACACUUGGGAACAAUAUAACAAUAAUGGGUCAAGCAAACUUUGCUGGUCCAGAACUUGGUUCUGUUGGUCUUACUUAUUCCGGUGACUGUGCGAAUCUCUUGGAUAAGCCCAACAAUCCCAUGAAAGGAAAAGUUGUGUUAUGUUUCACUGCAGAUUUAAAUCCCCGCUCCAGGGCUGUAACAAUUGCUAGAGCCGUCGUAAGUAAUGCAGGUGGUCUCGGGGUAAUCAUUGCAAGAAAUCCCCGUUCGGUUAACCCAACUCAUAACUUUCCAUGCGUUACAGUAGACUUUGAGCUUGGAACUGACAUUCUGUUCUACAUACGCUCUACAAGCUCUCCCAGUGUAAAGAUUCAUGCUCCAACAACACUUGUUUCACACCCAGUGGCGACAAAGGUAGCAUAUUUCUCAUCAAGAGGACCCAAUUCGAUAUCUCCAGCAAUUCUUAAGCCGGAUAUAGCAGCACCAGGAGUGAACAUACUAGCAGCAGACAAGGACAAGGAAGGAGUUGUUUUUAAGUCAGGGACAUCUAUGGCUACUCCUGUUGUUUCAGGAGUGGUAGUGCUACUCAAAUCAUUAUACCCUCAGUGGUCUCCUGCUGCUAUCAGAUCGGCUAUUGUCACCACAGCAUGGAAAACUGAUCCAUUCGGAGAGCCCAUUUUCGCAGAAGGGUCAAACCGCAAGCUAGCUGAUCCGUUUGAUUACGGAGGAGGCCUCGUAAAUCCAGAGAAAGCUGUAAGCCCAGGUCUCGUAUACGACAUGACCAUUAAUGACUAUGUCUCGUACUUAUGCUCUGCCUAUAAUUUCAAUGACGUCUCCAUUUCCCAAGUCGGAAAUAUAACAGCUUGCCCUAACCCGAAGCAAUCUCUUCUCGAUCUAAACUUACCAUCCAUCACAAUACCGGACCUCAGAGACGAAGUCACUCUCACCAGAACCGUUACUAACGUUGGAUCCGUCAACUCAAUAUACAAAGUUAUGAUCGAUGCUCCAAUUGGUGUUAAUAUGAUCGUGACACCAGCUACGCUAGAGUUUAACUCUAUGACCAGAAAGGUUUCUUUUAAAGUGAGAGUUUUGACAACGCACAAAGUAAAUACUGGGUACUACUUUGGAAGCUUGACAUGGACCGACAAUGUGCACAAUGUGGUCAUCCCUGUAUCUGUCAGAACCCAGAUCCUCCAACGUUACCAUGAUGAGAAUUGAUGUAAACAAACUUAAAAGCAUCUUUUAUGAAAAGCUGCUCAAGUACUAUAUUUUUGUUCUGAAUAAUAUGUAAAGCAUAAUGCUGAUGAAUAAUAUUGUGUGGAUUGUGUUGUUUAUU